CUAGGAGGGAGGUGCACACUCAGGAUCUGGGAGCCCCUCCCUCGUCUCCUGCACCCUGCUGGAGAGCAGAGCUGCCCAUCCAGGAAGGCAGGUGCGGAGCCGCCACGGAGGACACGGGCCAGGGACAGAAGAGGGUCCCGCGGUGCAGCGAUCCAGCCCCAGUUGCUGCCUGGUUCCCAGCCGCUUGGCAGCUGCGACGAGCCCAGCCCGGCUAAGGGCGCGCUCAUGGAGCACAUGCACGCCCACCUCGCCGCCAACAGCUCGGCUUGCGGCUUGGGCUUCGUGCCGGUGGUCUACUACAGCUUCUUGCUGUGCCUCGGGUUACCAGCAAAUAUCUUGACAGUCAUAAUCCUGUCUCAACUGGUGGCCAGGAGGCAGAAGUCCUCCUAUAACUAUCUUCUGGCACUUGCUGCUGCUGACAUCUUGGUCCUCUUUUUCAUCGUUUUCGUGGAUUUCUUGUUAGAAGAUUUCAUUUUGAGUGUACAGAUGCCUCAGAUCACUGACAAGAUCAUAGAAGUGCUGGAAUUCUCCUCCAUCCACACCUCUAUCUGGAUUACAGUCCCUUUAACAGUUGACAGAUAUAUUGCCGUCUGUCACCCACUCAAAUACCACACAGUUUCCUACCCAGCCAGGACACGAAAAGUUAUUGUGAGUGUUUACAUCACCUGUUUCCUGACCAGCAUCCCCUACUACUGGUGGCCUAACAUCUGGACUGAAGACUACACCAGCACCUCCAUGCACCAUGUCCUUGUCUGGAUCCACUGCUUCACCGUGUACCUGGUGCCCUGCUCCAUCUUCUUCAUCUUGAACUCAAUCAUUGUGUACAAGCUAAGGAGGAAGAGCAAUUUCCGCCUCCGUGGCUACUCCACAGGGAAGACCACUGCCAUCUUGUUCACCAUCACCUCCAUCUUUGCCACCCUCUGGGCCCCCCGCAUCAUCAUGAUUCUCUACCACCUGUAUGGCGCACCCAUCCAGAAGCCUUGGCUGGUCCACAUCAUGUUGGAUGUUGCUAACAUGCUGGCCCUUCUGAACACAGCCAUCAACUUCUUCCUCUACUGCUUCAUCAGCAAGAGGUUCCGUACCAUGGCAGCUGCUACACUCAAGGCCUUGUUCAAGUGCCAGAAGCAGCCUGUACAGUUCUACACCAACCAUAACUUUUCCAUAACAAGUAGUCCUUGGAUCUCACCAGCAAACUCACACUGCAUCAAGAUGCUGGUGUACCAGUAUGACAAACACGGAAAGCCUAUAAAAGUGUCCCCGUGACCCCAUAGGGCUGGCACUCGUGCCUCUGUGUAAUCUGUGUCCAGAUGAAAGGGUAUCCCAUCCUCUGGCUGAACAGCUCUCCUUAAGAGUGCUAACCUGAUUUCCUAUCUCCACAGACUGAGCAGCUCUCAGACCGGUAGAUGAGAAGAAAUGGAAGAGAAGAAAGGAAAGCAUGAAUCUUGUUUUUCUUUUGUGCACUUAGUUUCACAAAAUCACACUGACAGCCAAAGUUCCUGCUGGCUUGAAGAUGCCAUUGGCAGUUAUAAAUAAAUUGGCAUCCAUCAUAUUGUGACCAAUAAAGACCACGGUCAAGAAGUAGUUAGUGCUGGUACCACCCACAGCCACUAGGAACCAACUGCUCGUGUAUGUGGUCCACCAAGCCACUUACCAUAGUGUGUAGCUGAGCCAUGCUCUUCUUCCAAGAGUUGAGGCCAUCCAUCAUUUCCCUGUACCAUAGCCAGAAGCUAACAGGGAUGACUGAUUUGGGAUUUUUUUCCUGAGGUGCCCUUUGUCCUAGCCAGGGUUGUAGUCUUCAAGUGGCCCUGGCAACUCUGGCUGCAGAAUGACAGCAUGGGGAAAGGGAAGUAUCAAAUACCAUCCAAACUUUUGCUGGAAUGUCUAUGGGGAGACUCCAAGCCAACAUGACUAUGUCCCUUAGACUUGGAGUCUCAGGUACAGUUUUCUAUUUGCCAUAAUGUAUAGAUUUUAUGUCUCCUCUAAAACAAAGACCCUACCUGAUGCGUGGGGGAAAGGAGGAAUUCUUGAGCCCAGAAAAACAAAAAACCAAACCCACUCUUGCCACUGUUUUGAUUCAUCCCUGUGUCUGCUGUAUACAAUCCUUGCAUUCAAAAUUACUUCUUACUGUAGCACUGCGCAUGCUUCCUAGAGAAGCAUUCUAUGUGUCAAGUUUUAGUCCUGCCUCUUGCUUGCUCAAGCCCUCAUCAAAAUUGUUGUACUUGAAAUGACUUCUUAACUGGAGAUAAUAGUUGCAAGGAUCAGAAA